CGCGGAAGGAGAACGAGAAGGAGGAGGAGAAGGAGGAGGAGGAAAAGGAGGCGGUGGCAGCGGCGGUGCUCCCCCUCCCUCCUUCCCUCCCCGGCGGGACAAAGGGCUGCGGCGCGCAGGAGCCACGGGAGCCAUGGGCCGGGGGCCGCCGCGUUAGCAGCAUCCCGGGGCCGGCGGGGACGCGGCGCUGGACAUGGAGCCGGCGGCGCGGGCCAGCGGGGAUAUCCUGAGGCGGAACCCGCAGCAGGACUACGAGCUGAUCCAGCGGGUGGGGAGCGGCACCUACGGCGACGUGUACAAGGCUAGAAACCUUCAUACGGGAGAACUGGCUGCUGUAAAAAUAAUCAAAUUAGAGCCUGGGGAUGACUUCUCACUGAUACAGCAGGAGAUAUAUAUGGUUAAAGAAUGCAAACAUUGCAACAUCGUCGCCUAUUUUGGGAGUUAUCUCAGCCGUGAGAAGCUGUGGAUAUGCAUGGAAUACUGCGGUGGGGGAUCCCUCCAGGACAUUUACCAUGUUACAGGACCUCUGUCAGAGCUGCAAAUUGCUUAUGUGUGCAGAGAAACUCUACAGGGCCUCGCUUAUUUACACAUGAAGGGCAAAAUGCACAGAGAUAUAAAGGGUGCAAACAUUCUACUGACAGACCACGGAGAUGUUAAAUUGGCUGACUUUGGGGUAGCAGCAAAAAUAACAGCCACUAUUGCAAAGAGGAAAUCCUUUAUUGGCACCCCUUACUGGAUGGCCCCCGAGGUGGCGGCGGUGGAGAAGAACGGCGGGUACAACCAGCUGUGCGACAUCUGGGCCGUGGGCAUCACCGCCAUCGAGCUGGCAGAGCUGCAGCCGCCCAUGUUCGACCUCCACCCCAUGAGGGCUCUGUUUUUAAUGUCAAAAAGUAAUUUUCAACCGCCAAAGCUAAAGGAAAAAGCAAAAUGGUCAGCAACAUUCCAUAAUUUUGUCAAAAUAGCACUUACAAAAAACCCAAAGAAGAGACCGACAGCAGACAGACUUCUCUCCCACAGCUUUGUGGGGCAGCCUGGCCUCUCGAGGUCUUUAGCAGUUGAGCUGUUGGACAAAGUCAACAACCCCGAGAACCACACCCACUACGGGGAGGUGGACGACGACGAUUUUGAGCCUCACUCCGUUAUCCGCCACACGAUCCGCUCCACCAACAGGAACAUCCGGGCGGAGAGGACAGCAUCCGAGAUAAACUGUGAGUUCCUGCUCUGCUUUCCCCUUCUUUUUGGGAGUCAUUUGCCUCUGGUGUCGUCGUUUCUCAAAAAUCUCUUUCCAGUUGGGAAGCAAAGGCUGGAGAGGCAGCGCGUGAAUCUUCCGUAA